AUGUCCCAACCUCGCCGGCGAAACCGCAAUACGUUUGUUUGCACCUUCUGCAAACGCAGGAAAGUGCGCUGCGACAAGGGUUCGCCGUGCUCCACUUGCGUCAAGUACGCGAACCCUGUUUGUGAAUAUUCAAAAGACUUGUUGCCUUACUCCCGAACAUCGGUUAGCGACGGUUCUGCUGGGAACUCCACUUUGAAUGCAGCUUCGCGCUCUGUUCUGGAUCCUGUUAUGGCCGUAUCCAGCGCGAAUGGCCAGUUUUCGCCUGGAAGUUAUGCCGUUCGUGACCCCUAUAGUUCCUCCUCGAGUGCCCAUUCGGGUCUGCUUGCCUUGGAAAACGGACUGACAUUAGCAAUUCCCGCUGUUCAUUCAGAGUUGGAGUUGCUCAAACAGAAAAUCCUGUUGUUGGAGAAGUCUGUCGUUCUUCCUCCAACCGACCCAAUUGUUGAUGCCGCUUUAUGGCGCGGCAGUGGAGAUGCUAGUGGUGAUGAUCUUCACUUUUUACGGGGUAGAAAUCCUUUUAUUCCACGGAAAGAGAUUUUUUCUUUCCACGGACCAGGUGCGCCUUUCUUGAAUAUUAAAGGGAAAGCCUCUCGUUUCUAUGCUCCACUCACGUGGAUUUCAUUGGUUAGCACAGACUCUUUGCUUCGGCAUGUUUUUACCUACCAUUUGAAGCAUUUUCACAGAUAUCAUACGUUUACUUUUGACCAUAAUUCAUCUUCGAAACCAUCCGAGGUGCUAUUUGUGAAUAAGUUUGCCCACGAGUCAUCCAUCGCACAUGAUAUGGGAUACCGUCCAAAGCAGGAGGAUCAACCAAAAUAUAUUCAGAAAUAUCACGAGAAGGCCAAACUAGUCGGUCUCACUGUGUACGAUGGUGAUAUCCCCAAUGAUAUGGACAUGGUCGAAAAGCUUCUACUUUUCAUCCCCUCCAGGAAAGUAUUAUGGAUGUUGAUUGAUCGUUUUUUUGCUCGUGUAUAUGUCUAUUUUCCGUUUCUCGACCAGACGGAUUUCGAACUUCAGAUAGCUCGUCUUCUCGGUUCAGACAGCAGAGAGCAUGAGAAAAUAACCAAAAUUUAUACAACUCAAAAAAUGGACACUAUAUACAUGGGCCUCCUCAUUAUUGUGCUUCGUUUUGGUUAUCUCUCACUCUUCAAAAACUCUGAGGCUCUCAAUGAGGCUAGACUUUAUCCUCAAGAAAGUACUAAAGAGGCCGAAGAAGUUCUGUUUUUGAUGUCUAAUCCAAUCCCUAUGGAUUCAGUGGACCUUGCACAAAUGAGUCUUCAUCAGUUUGGCUUUUUACGCUACAGUAACCUUCGAAUUUUGCAGCUUUGUCUCUACCUUAAGUUGUACUAUAUUUAUGCGCCUGAAAAUUGUGAUAGUGCUGAUGACACGAAUGCAAAAGCUAACACUGCAAUGUUAGUUAAUACUGCCCUUAGUCUAGGUCUUCAUCGUGAGCCUGACCGCUAUGGUCAGAGAGCUAGAGACGAAAAGACAGACCAUUUGUGUCGCAAAAUCUGGUAUUUUUUGUUAAAUUUGGAUAUUACGGAAAGUAUAAGUACAGGCCUAGCGCCUUGUACUAAUAGGGAUUACUUUGAUACAAGCCCUCCUUAUUACGAACCUGGUAAUGAGAAUGUCAGAGAUACUGAAGUGGAGUCAAAUGCUGUCAAGAUAUUACGGCGCUUCGACAAAUUCUAUGAUCCACUACAUCAAGUGGUUUCAAAAGUUGCCAAGGUAGGUAACCAAAUGAAUGUUGCAUGCUUCUGUAAGCUCCUUGAUAAAUUGGAAGCUGAAUACUUGAAUGAUUUGAAACCGGAGAUUUUUGAACAGACUGAAUUAACACCAGUUGAUGCGGCAGCCGCCAUUGAGUCCAAGACAUAUAUGCAGAUGAAUUUUUUCAUAUUAUGUGUUUCCUUUCACUUUUUCAAUUUUUAUGAACGUUUGGGUGAUCUCAACUUGGCAUAUUUUUAUCUUAAAAAGGUGCUUAACGUUGCGUUAAACAUUGUUUUGCCGUUUUAUGAUGGUUAUGCUGAGAAAAGUAGUGUUUGGUUUCGCGAUUCCACAGACAUUGCUUUUGCUCCAACUCUUCAAACUCUUACGCAUAAGUGUCUCAUCGUUCUAUUGGCUGUUUCGAUGAGGUGUCGCUUUUCUAUGUUGGAGUGUGAGACUCUGCACAAUCAUGAGAGAAGCUUAUUGUGCGAUUCAGGUUAUAAGCGGAGGUAUGAUUUGUUGAAUGAAGUCCAUGAUCUUUCUUGCGCUUGUCUCAAUUAUUUCCUUGAUAUUUGUUCUACUUUGAGUAACAGGUAUUAUUAUAGUUGGCGUUGUUUAAAAGCGCAGAGAAAAAUGAAGAAGAUUCGAGAAAAUCCAGAAUUUUAUUUGAGUUGGUGCAAAGGGAAGGAGACCAGAAUGGCCUUCAACAAUGAUAUAUUGGAAGACAUGGUUGCCUUGAUGAAGCAUUCCCUAGAUAAGGUUCAAUCUAAAGACUCGCUCAAGUUCCGCGUGGACACUCCGUCAAGUGACAUUCGAGAUAUUUUUUCCAACGGCGGAGGAACACCUUCAGGAUCAAUACCUUUAGUCACUGAUCCAGAAGUUGAUGAUUGGUGGAUGCAGAUGCUAUCCGUAAAACCGUUUUUGGGAAAACCGGUGCUUUAUAAUAGUCAACCCCCACCGCAGCAUAUCGCACUGGGCAAUGUUGACUACAAUCUUAAUCUCGACGAUUUUAACAUCAUCUUUGACAGUUAUCAAGGUGAAUACAAACCUACAUGA